CUACCAGCACACACAUAAGCAUCUUAGGUUUGCUGAAAAAAAGUAAGUUUUCUGGGAACAGUGAUUAAUAUUUUAAUAUAUGAAUAGUUUAAGUUAAAACCUAAGGAGAAGGUGUCCAAAGUGGGAAUAAGCCAGAAAAGGCAGGAUGUUUCAAAUCAAGUUUUGCAAACAGAGAGACAUUGGCCACAGGAAGAAUGCCUUGGCUUUCUGCAGGGGCUCCAGCUGGGAGCCAUGACUCAAGCUCUGGAGCCAUGACUGGAGCUCCCAGGCCCAUCUGUGUUGCCAGCCCUCUUCUAUUUCUAGGUUAAGGAGCUCAGCUGUCUCAGACGUGUCUUGAGACGCAUAGCCUCCUAAUCCGGGAGAGUAAGAGGACUUAGGAGAGGAGACGGGGCAGGGGUGAGCAGCAGAGAGGCUGCCUCCAGGAGGUGGGCCUGGGUGUCAGGGAGACACCCCAGCUGAGCAACAUCCCCUUCAAAUCCUCUUUGCAGCCCUGAUCUGACUGAGGUCAAGGGCUGCCUACCACCCGGAGGCUGGGAGCCCUCGAUGCCUGGCCACAGCCAUAAAUAUCAUCACGGUCUUUCUGGGAGAAGGCCUGUACCUUCUUCAUCUGACUCUAGAGCUGGAAGAAAUCAGAUCAGCCCAGGAGCCUUCAGCCAACUCUGGGGACAAGAUGGAUCGCACCUGUGUGUGAAAGAUGUCCCUGCCUCGUGGUGGCCCAGAGUGAAAAAUACCAGAGAAGGUCCCCUCUCUUGUCUGCAAAGAAUUCACUCUCCCUUGGACCAGCCAUCUGCAUCCUGCAGAAACAUUGCACUUACACUAUGGGAAGCGGCACCUCGAACCCACAUCAUUUUACCUUCCAGAACGCAGAGAAAGCCUUCAAGGCAGCGGCCCUGAUCCAGAGGUGGUUCCGGCGCUACAUGGCACGCCUGGAGAUGAGGCGGCACUGCACCUGGAGCAUCUUCCAGUCUAUAGAGUACGCCGGGCAGCAAGACCAGGUCAAGCUCCAUGAUUUCUUCAGCUACCUGGUGGAUCACUUCACCCCCAGCAGUCACGACGAGACGGAUUUCCUGAACCGCAUAUUCACUGAAGAGAGAUGCCCCCAGGACUCGGAGAUGGAGAACUGCGGUGACUACGAGUCCAUGGAGGUGCCGGGCAGUUACACGGGGCCGCACCUCUUCUUCCCGCUCCUUCCCGAGCACGCAACCGCCCUGGUGGAAGCUUUCAGACUGAAACAAGAGAGGCUCCACGCUCGCUACGUCUUGAAUCUUCUACAUGAAGCCAGGAAGCAUCUGGUACAACUGCCAAACAUCAACCGUGUCUCCACCUGCUACAGCGAGGAAAUCACAGUGUGUGGAGAUUUACAUGGCCAAUUGGACGACUUAAUAUUUAUAUUUCAUAAGAAUGGCCUCCCGUCACCAGAGCGGGCCUAUGUGUUCAACGGCGACUUUGUGGAUCGAGGCAAGAAUUCAGUUGAGGUCCUGAUGGUUCUUUUUGCCUUCAUGUUGGUUUACCCCAAAGAGUUCCAUCUCAACCGAGGAAACCAUGAAGACUAUAUGGUGAACCUACGCUAUGGUUUCACCAAGGAAGUGAUGCAAAAAUAUAAGACACAUGGCAAGAAAAUACUAAAAAUACUGCAAGAUGUGUUCUGUUGGCUUCCGCUGGCCACUCUGGUUGAUGAGAAAGUCCUGAUUCUUCACGGUGGCGUGUCAGACAUGACUGACUUGGAGCUCUUGGCCAAACUAGACAGACAUAAGAUUGUUUCCACCUUGAGAUACAAAACGAGAAAGGAGAAUAAGAAGCAGGCGGAGAAGAAGGGGAAAGCCACCCAAACAAGCUCUGCUGGGAGACCUUCCCCGUGGUUCCUCCCCCAAAGCCACUCUUUCCCCUCCUCACCCCUGCAUCCCAGCGCCCACAAAGCCCACAGAACCGGGCGCUCAUCCAGCGUCCCCUGUAGCCUCCCUCUGGACCCCAAGGAGCUCUCCCGGCGGGUGCGGUGCUCAGUGGACCUGGAGCUGGAGAGGUGCCGGCAGCAAGCAGGCUUCCCAGUGAUCAAGGAGAAGGAGGAGUCAUCGCUCUCGGCAUCAGAAGCGGAUUCGGAUGCUGACGAGUGGCCCGAGCCCACUCAAGAGGAGUGGAGGCAGGUGGUGGAUAUACUGUGGAGUGACCCCAUGCCUCAGGAGGGCUGCAGGGCCAACACCAUUCGAGGAGGCGGCUGUUAUUUUGGACCUAAUGUGACAGAAUGGUUGCUACAGAAAUACAACCUGCAAUUCCUGAUCCGCUCACACGAGUGCAAACCCGAAGGCUACGAAUUCUGCCACGGCCGCAAGGUGUUAACCAUCUUUUCUGCCUCCAACUACUACGCAGUCGGCAGUAACAGAGGUGCCUAUGUCAAACUGGGGCCGGCCUUGACCCCUCACAUCGUGCAGUUUCAAGCUAACAAGGCCACCCACACACUCACCAUGAGGCAAAGGAUUAGCAGAGUAGAAGAGUCAGCUCUGAGAGCCCUGCAGGAAAAGUUCUUUGCCUAUUCCUCAGACCUUCUUGUUGAAUUUAAGAAGCAUGAUAAAGAUGACACUGGUCUAAUCACACUGAGUGACUGGGCAGUGGCCGUGGAGUCUGUGUUGCAUCUGGGGCUACCCUGGCGGAUGCUGAGGCCACAGCUGGUGAACAGCUCACUGGAUAACAAGCUGGAAUACAAGGCCUGGCUGGGGAACGUGGCCAAAAAACAGCUGAGCCACCAGAACAUACAGUCAAGUUUGCUGGAAACGCUAUACCGAAAUCGAUCCAACUUGGAGACGAUUUUUAGGAUCAUAGACAGUGAUCAUUCAGGGUUCAUCUCGCUGGACGAGUUCAGGCAGACUUGGAAGCUGUUCAGCGCUCACAUGAACACUAAUGUCACAGACAACUGCAUCUGUGACCUUGCCCGAAGCAUCGACUUCAACAAGGACGGCCGCAUUGACGUCAAUGAGUUCCUGGAGGCCUUCCGCCUUGUGGAGCAAUCCUGCUCAGAGGCCGAUGCCUCAGCUUGCCCUCAAGCCACAAGCAUUAGCAGUGGUGACCACAGCAGCUCUGGCGCACACUAAGGCCAGCCUGGUCUCCAAGGUGCCUUGGAAGUGAUGCCAGGCUCAUUGCAAGAACAUUUCCCUUAUUCUCCAUUGAGCUAUGGAAAUUUAUGCGGAGAAUUGGCCUACCCAUAUGCACCUGUAUAUUUGGGGAUAAAGGGUGAGGUUACAGUGUGUGUAUAUUUUGAAAUACAUAGGUGCCCUAGCCCCAUCUCAGAAUUUUUGCCAGGUAGGACCCAAGCGUAAAUAUUUUAAAAUUCUGAAGUCUACCCUAGUUAAGAACCCCUGAUAAUUCAGCCCCUUCAUUGUUUCCACUGAAUACU